UUAUUCUAUUUUACUAUUUUUUAAUUCCAGAUUUAAGAUGACAGCAACGAUCUCUAUUCGUCAGGGAUUGAUCGAUCAGACUCUAGCGAUCACCAGGGAUUAUAUUGCUGAACCCCGUAUCACCUACAAGACCGUGAGCGGUGUGAACGGUCCCCUGGUUAUCCUCGACAAUGUCAAGUUCCCAAAGUUUGCCGAGAUCGUGAACCUCAAGCUUCCUGACGGUUCAUACAGAGCUGGGCAGGUUUUGGAAGUUUCAGGGUCUAAAGCUGUAGUUCAGGUAUUCGAGGGCACCUCUGGUAUCGACGCUAAGCGGACGACGUGUGAAUUUACCGGAGAUAUUCUCCGGAGCCCUGUCUCCGAGGAUAUGCUGGGUCGAGUGUUCAAUGGAUCUGGGAAACCUAUUGACAAGGGUCCCUCCGUGAUGGCCGAGGACUACCUAGAUAUCCAGGGUCAACCCAUCAACCCCUGGUCUAGGAUCUACCCAGAGGAGAUGGUCCAGACGGGCAUAUCCGCCAUCGACGUCAUGAACUCGAUUGCUCGAGGACAAAAGAUUCCGAUUUUCUCCGCCAACGGUUUACCGCACAACGAGGUUGCAGCUCAGAUCUGUCGACAGGCCGGUCUAGUCAGGCUCCCGGGCAAAUCUGUUCUGGAUGAUCAUCAGGACAACUUUGCUAUCGUGUUCGCCGCCAUGGGAGUGAACAUGGAGGCCGCCAGGUUCUUCAAGCAGGACUUCGAGGAGAACGGAAGCAUGGAGAACGUCUGCCUCUUCCUCAAUCUUGCCAACGAUCCCACCAUUGAGAGGAUUAUCACCCCUAGGCUGGCCCUCACAGCUGCCGAGUUCAUGGCCUACCAGUGUGAGAUGCACAUGUUGGUUAUCCUCACUGACAUGUCGUCUUAUGCUGAAGCUCUUAGAGAGGUGUCUGCUGCUCGUGAGGAGGUACCGGGUAGACGUGGAUUCCCCGGAUACAUGUACACUGAUCUAGCGACCAUUUAUGAGAGGGCGGGCAGAGUUGAGGGAAGGAACGGAUCCAUUACACAGAUUCCUAUCUUGACUAUGCCUAACGACGACAUUACUCAUCCUAUCCCUGAUCUGACUGGAUACAUCACAGAGGGGCAGAUUUAUGUUGACCGACAGCUUCACAACAGACAGAUCUACCCCCCAAUCAACGUGCUCCCAUCUCUAUCCCGAUUGAUGAAGUCUGCUAUCGGAGAAGGAAUGACCAGGAAGGAUCAUUCUGAUGUUUCCAACCAGCUCUACGCUUGCUAUGCCAUUGGAAAGGACGUACAGGCCAUGAAGGCUGUUGUUGGAGAGGAAGCGCUCACCCCUGACGAUCUUCUAUACCUAGAGUUCCUCGGCAAGUUCGAGAAGAACUUUAUUGCCCAAGGGAGUUAUGAGAACAGAACUGUGUUCGAGUCCCUGGAUAUCGGAUGGCAGCUCCUGCGUAUAUUCCCUAAGGAAAUGUUGAAACGUAUCCCGACCUCCAUCCUUGCAGAGUUCUACCCCAGGGACUCCAGGCAUUAAACAUGGAGGACACAGCUCAGGCCUUUGAUUGUCAAUCUGAUGCCUGUACUGCAUGUUCGAGAUGUUCUUGGAUGGACUGUACUUUACUUUUCUUUAAUAUUUUGUACCCUACUGUACUGUACUGUACCGUUCUGUACCGUUCGGUAUCGUACUAUACUGUUCUGUAGUAAAUUCAAUCAACAUUUACCGAUCUGUCAAGUAAAAAUUGUAAAAGCUUAAUUUUUUACAAAUUGUUCAACAUUGCUUUUAAUUUUAUCAUCAUGUUGAAAAGAUCUCUAAGCCAACGAAGAGAAAGAUCUAUUUUCAAACCUUAUUGAAGGUUACAACUGAUUCUGGUGUUUAAAUCUAGUAGAGAUUAUAUUUCAAUUUUUAGAUCAUUUUUAUGAAUUAUUUAUUAUGUGAUAUACUUUAAAAUCCCGGAAAUUUUCACAUAUUAAGCGUAGCACGUUUUUUCUUAUCAAACUGAUUAGAAAAUAUGUAUUUAAAUUUUAUUUAUUUGGGCUGUAAUAGUACUGAAAUGCAAGUGUCCCCUUUUAAAGGAUAUCUUUAAAAAAACUUGUCUGAUUGUGCCCUUUUUGGGACCUAGAGUAAAUAUUUGAUUGUGUACCAUAUGUAACUCUUGCAUUUGAGCUUUUGUCUGAUCAUUUUCUGGUUUUCAAUGUGUUUAAUUUCUGGUAUUGUUUCAGA